CGCGGUUGUGGGUUGAAAGAGGAGAGAGAUUCUGCUCUGUAUAAGUGGGCAGAGAUGGAACUGAAUCGCCUGCUCCGUCCAUGUAAUCAGCUAUACAUGGUCUCUGGAGAAGCCGAUAUGAUUACAAUACUGCCCAGCAAUGCUUCCAUCCACCAAGCGAAGGGGGGAGCGCUACGAGUCGAUGCUUGGCGGGAGAAUAUAACGUACAUGACUAGAGAGCAUGAGCACGAGUAUGUAUGUACCCAUCUCUAAUAGAACGCGAGAUAGAGCCCCAUGAACCGCAAAAAAAGAGAUUGCCAUGCACUUUAUUUGCUGCCUUGCUAGUACUUGCCUCGAGAUUAAAUACCAGAUACCCGAUAUAUUUUGGCGGCGACGAUCGUCCGCGCCAAUACCGGCAGAUAGGGCGGGUGCCGGCUGAUGUGAUGCCACUCCGCCAGCCGCAUACGAUACGAUGGUGGCAUCGUUUGAUCCCUAAAAUGACUGAUACAUUUACCCAGCUAGCUACAAGAAGAGAAAAACAAAACAAAAAAGUCAUGCCAUUGUUUAAUUUUCACAGUCUCAUGUUUUGCGAGUGAGUCCUGAUGAUGUAUGAUUUUAGCACUGCGACUUCGU